CUUCACACCGUUUCUGCUGCAGCUUGUUUCCUGCAGAUCUAUUGUGUGCAUUUCUAUGGCAGUGUGGAGAUGUUAACUUUAGCCGUCAUGUCUUACGACCGAUAUCUGGCCAUCUGUUUCCCUCUGCAGUAUAGCACGCGCAUGACGUCCAGGCGUGUUGGCGUCCUGACGGCGUUUGUGUGGUUCUACAGCGUCCUUGCGACUGUGGCCAUGAUGUCUCUGAGCGCCCCUCUGCAGCUGUGCGGCAACACCAUUCAGAAAGUGUACUGCGAUAACUACUCCAUCGUUAAGCUGGCGUGCUUCGACACCACGCUCAACAACAUCUACGGGAUGGUUUACAUCUUUACUGUCAUCGUGGCUCUGAUAGUUCUGAUCAUUUCCUCGUACAUAAAGAUCCUCAGAGUCAUUUUUUCGGGCUCCAGACAGACGAGGCAGAAAGCCGUGAGCACCUGCACGCCUCACCUCGCCUCGCUGCUCAACUUCUCCUUCGGGGCUUUCUUUGAGAUCGUGCAGGGCAGGUUCGACAUGAGCGGCGUCCCCAUCACGCUGCGCGUCUUCCUGUCCUUAUACUUUCUCACCUGCCAGCCGCUCUUUAACCCCGUACUGUACGGACUCCAGCUGUCCAAAAUACGCAUCAUCUGCAGAAGUCUGGCUUUUGGUCAAAGAAUGUAG